AUGUGCAGGAGACAACCUGGUAUUGCUAUCGGUCGAAUGUGUGAGAAGUGUGAUGGUAAAUGUCCAAUAUGCGAUUCGUACGUUCGACCGAUGACGAUCGUAAGGAUAUGUGAUGAAUGUUCAUUCGGUACGGCAGCUGGUAAAUGUAUUAUAUGUUCCUCACCAGCUAUAUCAGACGCAUAUUACUGUACGGAAUGUACGAGGUUGGAGAAAGAUCGAGAUGGUUGUCCGAGAAUUAUUAAUAUGGGAGCAAGUAGGGUUGAUGCAUUCUACGAGAGAAAGAAAUUGGGGUUGGAAAAAGGUGGUGGAUUCAAGAAAGGAUAA